AUUUGCAGUACAUAUUUUACAUAUUCUUCGAUGUUUGAAAAUUGUUCUUGAAGCAUAAUUAUAUACAUGUACAUAUAUAAAAUUUCACUUUAGUUUGAUACAACUUUAAAAAUUACAACAUAGAGGAUCUUUAACACUGAUCCAUGCACAGAUUACCAUAAAAAUAUUAGAAUUAAGAAAAACUAAUUUCAAUUUUGCUUGAAAGAUCAGUAUGGAAUGCUAAAAUAAAUCAAGUCAAUACAUAUCAUUUAGCUUAGAUUUGUAAAUAUUUUAGUUGGUGGCAUGACGUGAACAGAUUUGCUGCAGAAGAGUUGCUCAUACAGCUCGAUAAUCCAUCUAUUGGAUAUUACCUUAUAAGGCCUUCUGGCAAAAGAAAUGAAUAUUCGUUAUCGAUGACUGUUCCUGAAAACGAAGAAUUGCGAGUGGCACACUAUAUGAUCAAAUCGCAAAACGGUCAGUUCUUCAUAUCCAAUAAAAGCAGAUUUGAUGACAUAUUUUCACUUGUCGAUAACUAUAGACGCGGUGCUGGUGAGCUUUUAUGUAAGUUAAUGUACACCGUUCCGAAACAGCCUCCUGUUGUUUAUCCAAGGACCAUUGAAGUUCAUAGACAAUCUGUUGAAUUAAAACAGUCAGUCAAAGUUGGCAAAUAUGGGAAGCUGUUUGUGGGAAAACUGUUCAAGGCCUUUGACGUUACUGUGGUCACUAAAUGUAAGAGUGAAGUGGACAAAUUUUUGGCAGAGGCAAAAAUUCCAUUUGAUUUUCGACAGAGUAAACAUUUUGUUAGAAUGAUAGCAGUGGUAAUAAAACCUGAACCAUUUAUGAUAAUACUUGGAGAGACUGUUCAUGAUACGUUACCAAAUUACUUGAGGAAUGACCGUGGAAAAACACUGUCAUUCAAGGAUCUUACAAAAAUGGCUUCCGAGGUAUUACAGUGUUAUUUAUUGUUUCUUUCACAAUAAUUGUAUUUCAAUGUUGAUCACAUUCAUGAACUCAUCAUCCAGCAACUUGCUAUAUAAUUUUCUUUCGAAAUGAUCAUAUGCUAUUCCUGGUUUAGUCAAAAGAAGUUAAGAAAAGUUUUCGACAAACAACUGAAGCCUUGAAGAUUUAAUAAUUCCUUUUUUAAUUUAAAAAAAAUACGUUAAGUUAUCUGUUUUCUCGAUAUAUCUUAAUGACUUACUGAAAAUAACAUAAAUAUAGUGUCGUUAAACUCCAAUUUAUGCUCUUGCUGAUACUGUCAAUUUUCACAGAAAAAUUUAUUAUUGAAAUAUCUCUUUAAAUUAUUUGACAGAUUGCCUAUGGUAUGGCAUUUCUUGAAGAAA